GGUGAGCGAGCACGCACGAGGAAGAAAAAGUAAUGGACCUGGAGAGUGAUAGCUAAAUUACUAUAAUCCUGACAGGGGUAUUAAAUGGCGUUGGGUAACAGAUGUCCAUCGGAGAUGUUUAGCCUAUCAAUCUACACGGUGACACCCAGAUAGACCCCGAUUUGCCCCACGCGGGAAAGACUUCGGUUGGAUUUCCGACCGACCGACCGACCGAUCAAUGAACCAUGACUUGCUCGCGUUCAUUUUGGAGCCCAUACAGCCGUCUCCGCGUACCUUAAAUAUUUACGCACCUCGUAUUUCCAUUUCAGAAGCAUCAUUUCUUUGUCUCGGAACGGUAUUUGGAGCAUCGAGAGUGAGUGCCAAUGGUCGGUGUCACAGCCCUGGGGGCGCGUCACAAGUGGGUCUAAGCAAAGCGAAGCGGAGACGAGCCGCGACAGUGUGGUCACAAAUGGAAGGCGGUCAGCUUUUAGAUUGGCAGAAAACCCCAGCUCUGGAGGGAAGAUAGAAGAUAGUAAAAAAAAAAGUUGCGGACAAGCUCAUCAGCGGACCCUUGUAACCUGUAGGUGGCAGCAUUGCCAAUUCCUACAAAAUGGUUUCGGCAAACGCCACUUUGAAGCGCAAAGCUUCAAUCAUUGAGGCCAAUGAUGCUGCUGCUGCUACUGCGAUACCCACCCAGAACGCCGACCCUGACGACUUCGGCGACGCGAUUCUCAACGCCGUGUUCGACGAUGACGACGAUUCUGAAGACGAGUUCGUCGAAGAAGAUGACCAAGACGACGAUGAGUCUGAUUCUGAGGACGAAAUAGCAAGCGAAGACAUACCUACCGACGACGAAGGAGUAGAGGACAAGUCGGUUCUCACCGAUGGCGCUACCAUCGAAGACGAAGAUGAAGACGAUCGUCCCAACUAUAAGAUUGAGAAAGACGCAAAUGGCGGCGUUCGAUACGUAUACGACGAGAUUGAUCCGGUGUAUGACUCCGACGAUUCUGAUGCGCAAGGCCCUAUCAAUACCAUUGGAAAUAUUCCCCUCUCCUUCUACGACUCAUAUCCUCAUAUUGGCUACAACAUCAACGGCAAGAAGAUCCUUCGCCCGGCUACAGGAGAAGCACUUGAUUCUCUUCUAGACAGCAUUGAACUGCCUGAAGGGUGGACUGGCUUGACAGAUCCUGAAACGGGCAAACCAUUAAAUCUCAGCCGUGAUGAGUUGGAGCUACUUAGCCGCGUUCAAAUGAAACAAGUCCCUGAAGAAGGCUACAACAUGUAUCCGGAUACCGUAGAAUGGUACACCAGCCAUGUAGAACAAUUUCCGUUAUCUGCAGCUCCAGAACCGAAGCGGCGCUUUGUGCCCUCUAAGCAUGAGGCUAAGCGUGUGAUGAAACUAGUCAAAGCUAUUCGAGAAGGCAGGAUAUUGCCAUACAAGCCUCCUGAGGAGAGAGAGAAAGAGCAGGACGAAGAAGAGGAAGUGCACUACGACUUAUGGGCGGAUGAAACCCCUCGCCCGCCUAAUAUUAUGCAUAUUCCUGCGCCCAAGCUUGCUCCUCCAGGAUACGACCUUUCCUACAACCCUCCACCGGAAUACCUCCCAACGAACGCAGAGAGAAAGGCGUGGGAAGAGACGGAACCAGAAGAACGAGAGAAAUCAUACUUGCCGCAAAAGUACGACUCGCUCAGGCGAACCCCUGCCUAUGAUCAGUUCGUUAAGGAGCGGUUUGAGAGAUGCUUGGAUCUGUACCUUGCUCCUCGCGUGCGGAAAAACAGACUCAAUAUCGAUCCUACAUCGCUACUACCAAAAUUACCUCGUCCUGAGGAGUUGCGGCCGUUCCCUACAGUUGCUUCUAUCGAAUUCGCUGGUCAUGAGGGGAGGGUGAGGUCAGUAGCCAUUGAUUCAUCAGGCCAGUGGUUAGCCUCUGGUGGUGAUGAUGGUACUGUUAGAGUUUGGGGUCUCUCGGAUGGAAGACAACAGUGGCAAGCCAAGCUCAGCAGUGAAGAUCCUGUUGAUGUUGUUAGGUGGCGCCCUGGCCAGGAUGGCUUAAUACUAUCGGCUGCCGUUGGCGAGGAUCUCUACUUGAUGAUACCAUCCACCAUAAACCCUGAACUAGAACAAGCCAGUCGAGCCAUACUCGAUGCCGGGUUUGGAUAUGCCAACAAUGCCAAACAACAGACCACAGCCGCUGGUGCAAGGAAAGACCCUGCCGGCAAAUGGUCUCGGCCUGGCGCGCGCUUAGAGGACGAAGGUGUUUUGCUGAAGGCGACCGUCAGAUCACCUAUCAAAACCAUAAAUUGGCACCGUAGAGGUGACUUCUUCUGCACGGUGUCACCAAUGGGCCAACGUAGCGCUGUGGCUAUACACACCCUGAGCAAGCAUCUCACACAAAUACCCUUCCGGAAACUACCGGGCGGUGCUGCACAGACGGCCUCCUUCCAUCCUUCACGACCUCUGUUUUUCGUGGCGACUCAAAGGACAAUACGCUGUUAUGAUCUGCAAAGACAAGAACUUGUUAAGACCAUCCAACCGGGUUGUCGCUGGAUUUCAUCAUUUGAUAUACAUCCUGGUGGUGAUCAUUUAAUUGCUGGUUCGUAUGACCGUCGCCUACUUUGGCACGAUCUUGAGAUGUCAGUCCGGCCGUACAAGACGUUACGAUUUCAUGAACAAGCUAUACGAUCCGUAAAGUUCCAUCCAGGCUCAUAUCCGCUCUUUGCGGAUUGUAGUGACGACGGAACGCUUCAGAUCUUCCACAGUAAGGUGGUGAAUGACCUUAUGGAAGGUCCUACGAUAACACCGGUAAAGAUGCUUUCGGGCCACCGCGUGGUUAAUAGGCUUGGUGUAACGGAUGUAGCAUGGCAUCCCCAGCAUCCAUGGAUUGUGUCAGCUGGUGCAGAUGGCAUGUGUAGAUUGUGGUCGUAGAUGAGUUAAUAUGUAUAAAAAAUAAAAGAAAUGAUGCCAACAUUCAACAUAUUCUGUUGUUCUGAAAUAUCAAUUUAGCAUGCCCUAUCCAUAUCACGAUCCGUGUUUUGCUGGACAAAACAAUACACAUAGCGUCUCUAUCUAUCUCUGCCUACUAUGUAUAUACUAUAUCGCAUUAGCCCCUCCUUAGGCCCGAGAAUCAAGCAAG